GUUCCUCACACUCUCUUGUUCAUAUCAUUUCUCCAGUUGUUAUGAUCAAAAUUGCAGUUGCUGCAACAGCUGCAGCCCUGGGAUUAGCUUAUCUAGCUCUAACAAAACCUCGCCCUCCCAAAGUUUGUGGUUCACCAUGUGGUCUUCCAGUGACCUCACCAAGGGUUAAACUCCGCCAUGCAAAACAUAGAGUGCUCUACUCAGCAGCUGCUGAGGAAACACCUUCCCUUCAUCGUGUUGCCAAUGGUAAUACUAAAAACAAAGGAGAGCAGCGGGGAACCCUCCAAAUUCAUUUGUGCUAUCUGUUUUGAUGAAAAACCAGUGUCUGAUAGGUUUAAAUAUUCCGAGUGUAACCACAUCUUUUGUGUACCCUGCCUGACCAAGUAUGCCGCAACCCAGAUGCACCAAAACAUUCUGAAGAUCAUAUGCCCGAACCCAAAUUGUUCCUCGGAAUUGAAACCUAUACAUUUUCAGACCAGUUUGCCUCCCGAAGUUAUUGAUAGAUGGGAAACUGUAAGAUGUGAGUCUUUGAUUGCUGAGUCUCAGAAGACUUACUGCCCCUUUAAGGAUUGUUCGGUUUUGUUGGUGGAUGAUGGAGGAGAAGUUGUGACCAGUGCUGAGUGCCCAUCGUGUCAUCGGCUGUUUUGUGCACAGUGUCGGGUUCCAUGGCAUGGAAUGAUGACUUGUCAGGAAUACCAAAAGGCAAAGAGAAGCUGCAAAAAUGAAAGAGAAUUGGAUAGCAAGUUUUUCAAGUUGGCCGAGAAGGAAAGUUGGCAAAAAUGCCCCAUGUGCAAAUUUUUUGUGCAGAGACAUAGUGGAUGUGAACACAUUAGAUGCAGGUGUGGUUGCGACUUCUGCUACCAUUGUGGGAAGAUUUGGAUAGUUGGACAUGUAUGCAAGAAGCGCCAUUCUGCUUGAAGCUUCAGGGCACAACAGGUAAACAUGAUUUUAUGUAGGAAUUAUAUCGAUUUCGAUAUUAGAAGUAAGCAUCUGUCGGUGAAACUCACCAUGCUACAUAGGUCACUACCCUGAGAUGGUGUUUUCUAGAGUUUUACCUUCAAGCUAGUGUUAUUUCUAGAGUAUAUCUCCAGGCUGGUGUUUUUGGAGUUUACUCUCGAGGACAUUGGGCUAAUGAAUGUCGAACGGCAAAACACUUGGUAAAAUUAUACCAAGCUUCCACAAAAGGAAAAGGAAAAAAUGUGGAGGCUAAUUAUGCUGAUGAUAUCAACCCAAUUUUGCCUAAAUUUGACGUGUCCGAUUUCUACAUGGAUGAUGCUGAAAUUGGUGAUGAAGUGGCCUUUGGUGGAACAACUACUGUUUAAAUAUUUUAAUUUACGUUGUUAUGGUGUGUUUACUUUUAAAAUAAAUGUUUAAAAUCUGUACUUUAAUUUUCAUGUGUACUUGUAUUAUUAUGUCUGUUCUAAAAAAAUUAUAAUAAAAUGUAUGACAUUUG